ACAGUUGGGCCGAACCGGUAGCAACGGACAAGUUUCCAAAGAAAAAGGAAACCGUGUGCGUACAACUAACGCGUACGCGUAUGCGUAUGGGUACAGGCCAUAUACAGCUUUCGAUCCCCCGCGUACGGAAUACGCUCUCGCUCCCCUGUCUUUCUCGCCAGAUCAGAUCGGAAAUUCCAAAGCAAGCUUUUCGUCAGCGAUUCGCCGAAACCCAUCCAACGCCGCCGCCAUGUCCGCCGCCGUCGCCGCCCCCGUCCUGCGCGAGGACGACCGGGGGAUCCCACGAUCCCUCCCCCUCCUCGCGGCGCUCGUAGAGGCGGAGUCCCGCCGUUUCGCCGCCGCCGCCUCCCGUCCCGCCGAGACCGGCCUCGUCCGCGCCUUCCGCGGCGGCGCCGCCCCGAAGGUCCCGAUCCGCAUCUUCAUGGAGCGGAUCCACCUGCUGACCCGGUCGGUGCCGACCUCCCGGGGCAUGACCAGGAUCGACGGCACCAGCUUCGUGCUCGCCGGGAUCUACUUGACUCGCUUCAUCCGUAGCCCCGCCGGCAGGGAGGCGGGGAUCCUGGUGGAGCCAGCCACCGCGCACCGCCUGGUUGCCGUCGCGCUCUUCCUUGGCGCCAAGUUCGGCGGCCACCCGCCCAGGAAGUGGAUUGGGGUGUUCCAGGCCAGCUCGGAAGGCGCGAUCCGUGCCGGCGAGAUGGUGGGCCUCGAGGGCCGCUUCCUGCGUGCAAUCGACUUUCGCCUGUUCGUAGAGACCUGGGAGUUCGAUUCCUUCUGCCUUGUGCUGGAGCGGGGGCCUCGGGCACCAAGGGGCGGCAGCGGUAGCGUUGGCUGCGCCAGCAAGAAGAGGCAGGCGGACGCCACGGUCGGAGAGGAUGAGCGCCGCCGCGUCCGAGCUCGCCUGCCGCCACCUGCCGUCUUGUCCAAUUAGGAUUUGUUUUCAAUUUGAAGUUUCGCCUUCAAUUCGCUUAUUAUUUCUUUUAGUUGCUUUUGAUUGUUCGUCUAUCUAUUUUUGCUGCAGGUACAAGGCUAGGAGUAGAAGUGUUCGAGGUGGAGAAGGCGUUGUCCAGUGUCCGAUCAGGGAUCAGCUUCUCCUUGCUGGAGCCUGGAGGAGAGCCUGGUGUAGGAUGCGUCGUCCCGCUUCGGAUCAUGGAUGACCUCCUGCUCGUCGCCAGAGCCUGGAGGGUAGUCAACAGAUCUUAGUUUUAGCCAAGAUUGUUAAAGCGAUUGCUGGCUCACUGAAAGAGUUCUCUAGUACUGGGUUUUCAAGCUUUGGAGUCAUGGCACAAUAUGGUGUUCUGUACUCUGAAGUUUCAGUGUUUAGUCUGUUUGAGCUACUGCAACUCAGUGAUUGAGUAUACUAUCCUUCAGUAGAUUAGGCAAUGUACUUAUGAUUAGGAUGUGUUUCUUCAGUAGUCGAUUUUGGUGUGGUUCUUCUCUUCUGUGUAAGACUUUCUCAGAUCGGAUAAGAAAGUGUAAGACCUUUGUCAUCUAUUUUUUAUGGGAAAAGUCUCCCAUUCGAAAGGCAA